UGGCAGUGUCAGGUCAGGCGUCAAACUUGCUCUUUUGCAUCGCAAUCGGCUUGUACUCGCACUUGAUACGAUCGCCAUAGUGCGCUCUGAGCUCUUCGAUAGCGAUCGAGCACUUCUGUCCGUUCGGCGUGGCAGCUGUGAGCAAGACAAGGUCGGCCAUUCCGGUCAUGUCACGCUGCAAAUGUCGCCGUCGCGUUCGUUCGUCUGGUCCGAGUCGACUGCAGAUUGGUCACGUAAGCAACGACGAAUUGCCCUGUCCGGCGUGCAUUGGCCGAUGGAUGGGCUCGCUAUUUGGCUCGGACGAUGACGAGGAGUCUUCGGCCAGCGAUGACGAUCCCAUGAUCAGCCAUGACUCGACAUGCCCUGUCGAGCAGACACGACGCCUUUCACAGGCAAAUGCGAUCAGUGGCUUGCAUCACAUCAAAUUAGCUUUGGACAGCACAGAAUCAUCGAUACUCUUCGAUUCCUUGUAUGAGGCUUUCUUUGCCAAUGCUACCUCGAAUCAAGUCAUGCUCUUUGCGUCGCCCUCGUCGCGCUUCGAGCUGCCGACAUGUCUGCAGUCAAUCUUUAAAAGACUACCUUCAUUGCUCCUUCGAGCAGGCAUGGACCUCUCCGACAUCGAGCACUACCUUCCGCCGGCAUCUUCUUUGCCGCGACAUCAGAUCAUCGUCAACCUGUACCGGCCAGGCGAAGGCAUCACUCCUCAUGUCGAUCUGCCACAUCGCUAUGCAGACGGUAUCAUCGGACUCUCACUCGGCGGCGCCUGUGUCAUGGACUUUGCGCACCGCUCGCAGACUCAUUGCGUUCUGCUCGAAGCAGGCGAUCUAUACCUACUGAGAGGCGACGCGCGCUACAACUGGCUGCAUGGCAUCGCAUACCGCGAACAAGACACAUACCUCGACGCAAAUGGCCUUUGCAUCACCGUCAGUCGCGCCUUGAGAAUUAGCGUCACUUUCCGCACGAUGCUCGAGGGCUCAGAUCUCGUCUACACUAGCGCGGCAAGCUAGAUCAGCAUAUAGAGCAUGCAUCAACCACUAUAGCUUCGAUCUGGGAUAGUUCUUGCGCACGCCUUCGACGACCUGAUCUUCUGCUUAUAGGAGCGGGUAUAGACAUCAGAGCCUGUAGCGUAGAUGAAUUGGCGCCUCCGAGCGCGUUGCGUAUCAGAUGAGUCGCAAUGUUCGCGUCCUCGAAAACAUAGCUCGGCCCGGCGCCCCUCUGAGGCGUCUGACGAGGCACAUGAGGCGAGAUGAUGCCCGUAUCAGACAGCCUGACUUUCUUCACGACUGCUGAUUGCGUCUGUGGUC